UUUCGCGCAACAGAUAGCUCCCAACCGAAGUGGGAAUGAUGCGAUUGGCGCGAUUUACGCAGGGUUUCUCGUUUAACAAGAAUGGGGCCAAGCAUCGCGGCAGUGGCAGUAGCAACGGCACCGGAAACGGAAGCGGGACCGGAAACGGCCAGGGAUUAGGUGGCAGCUGCAGUGCCAACGGCCUGGCAGCCAGUGGCGGCGUUGGAGGGGGCGGUGGGAGUGGCAGCGGCGGCGGUGGGUGUGGCAGCGGGAGUGGCAGUGGGAGUGGCAAGCGGAAAUCAAAGGCAAGAACAAAGUGCUUCGGUGGCACAGUGUUUCGGUGUUGCCUCCCUUGUCGCGGGGGCGGCUCCGCAGCCCCCGCCACAAGUCCGCCCCAAACACCAGCCCAGACGCCGGACGAGCUCAAGGUCAUUCCGGAGGAUAGUAAGCUGGAAAAGUCCGCGGAGCAAAAGCGCGAUUUACAGGAGCGGAACAACAAAGAGGACGAUCUGCUGAACCGCACCGGAUCCGGAUCUGAGCUGGAUCUAUACGGCGGCGCCGGCGGCGGUACGAAGAAGCAUUCGCUGGCAGACACCAUCGAUACGUCGGUGACCACCCCGAUCUCCCUAAAGACCCUGAUCAACGACGUCGACGAGGAGUUGGACCAGCAGCUGAGUGCGGCGGAUAUAGCAGCCGCCAGUUUGGCCAGCGGUCUGGUUGCCCGCCGAGCGGAACCAGAAACACUGAGCGACGCCAGUGUCUCACCCACCGCGGUGGUGCAGCAGCAGCUGCAGCAACCACUCUUGCAGUCACAACCACAUUUUGUGCCCAGCAGCGGCAACAUCCUCAGCCAGGUCACCCUGUACAGCGGCAGCAAUCCCUCGACGAAUCCCUGCCAGAGUGCAGUGCAGAAUCAAGGCCAAAACUCCAAUCCCAAUCCCAACCAGAAUCCAAACUCAAAUCCGAACCAGAAUCAACAGCGUUGCAGUUGCCAGCCGCAGACUUCCCCGUUGCCGCAUAUCAAAGAGGAGGAGGAGUCCGAUCAGGCCAACUUUAAGCACCAGACGAGCCUGAAGGAGCAUCAGCCUCUCCCGCCACCGAUCACCAUAGCCACUGGCUACUGCGGCAGCUGCGAGAGCGUUCAUCACUCAUCCGCAACCUCGUCUUCGGCGGGCACAGUGCCCACUGGGGGUCAGCAAACUCAGGAGUACACUGCAGGUACCUCUUCGACGCCCUCGCCGCGCAUCAAACUAAAGUUCCGCAAGCCGCACAAGUCCUGCUGGUCGCGAAUCGUUCUUGCGCCCAUCGGAUCGGCGGGUGGCUCCUCAUCGGCCACCACUGUCAUCGGCAGCAACUCGAACGAGACCUUGGCCUCGAGCAGCACCACCGGCGGCACCGCCACCACCACCCAGAACAGCAGCAGCGUCAGCGUUGCCGCGCACCACCGGCUGACCUCGUCGUCGGCCUCCGCCCUCGCCACCUCGCACCCCAGCAACUCGCAGCUGCUGCCCACCAGCAAGAUGCAGGCGGAGCAGGGGUCCAUCGGCGACCUGCAGAAGUACCACAGUCGGUACCUCAAGAAUCGUCGCCACACUCUGGCCAACGUUCGUUUCGAUGUAGAAAAUGGCCAGGGCGCUAGAUCACCGCUCGAGGGCGGCUCUCCCAGCGCCGGUUUGGUACUACAGAAUUUGCCGCAGCGUCGCGAAUCGUUUCUAUAUCGCUCCGAUUCGGACUUUGAGAUGUCGCCCAAGUCCAUGUCCCGAAACUCAAGCAUCGCUAGCGAAAGGUUUAAAGAACAGGAAGCCUCUAUACUCGUUGACCGAUCCCACGGCGAGGAUCUCAUUGUGACGCCUUUCGCCCAAAUUUUAGCCAGCUUACGUUCAGUGCGCAACAAUUUAUUAAGUCUGACAAAUGUUCCAGCAUCAAACAAAUCCAGGCGGCCCAACCAAUCCUCGUCGGCCUCGCGAUCGGGAAACCCCCCAGGAGCCCCGCUGUCCCAGGGCGAGGAGGCCUACACCCGCCUGGCCACCGACACAAUCGAGGAGCUGGACUGGUGCCUCGACCAGCUGGAGACCAUCCAGACCCAUCGCAGCGUCUCCGACAUGGCGUCGCUUAAGUUCAAACGCAUGCUCAACAAGGAGCUGUCGCACUUCAGCGAGUCCAGCAGAUCGGGAAAUCAGAUUUCCGAAUAUAUAUGUUCCACAUUUUUGGACAAGCAGCAGGAGUUCGACUUGCCAUCGCUGCGCGUGGAGGAUAACCCCGAGCUGGUGGCCGCCAACGCGGCCGCUGGCCAGCAGUCCGCGGGACAGUACGCGCGCUCCCGCUCGCCGCGCGGUCCGCCCAUGUCGCAGAUCAGCGGCGUGAAGAGGCCGCUGUCGCACACCAACAGCUUCACCGGCGAACGGCUGCCCACCUUCGGCGUGGAGACACCCAGGGAGAACGAGCUGGGCACCCUGCUCGGCGAACUGGACACCUGGGGUAUUCAGAUAUUCAGCAUCGGCGAGUUCAGCGUCAAUCGACCGCUCACCUGUGUGGCAUACACCAUAUUUCAGAGUAGAGAAUUACUGACCAGUCUUAUGAUACCACCGAAAACUUUUCUUAACUUUAUGUCUACUCUGGAGGACCACUACGUCAAAGACAAUCCGUUUCACAAUUCGCUGCAUGCCGCCGACGUGACCCAAAGCACCAACGUGCUACUCAAUACACCGGCGCUGGAGGGCGUGUUCACACCGCUCGAAGUGGGCGGGGCGCUGUUCGCCGCCUGCAUCCACGAUGUUGAUCAUCCCGGCUUAACCAAUCAGUUCUUGGUUAACUCAAGUUCCGAACUAGCAUUAAUGUACAAUGACGAAUCUGUUUUGGAAAAUCAUCAUUUAGCUGUUGCCUUUAAAUUAUUACAAAAUCAAGGAUGUGAUAUAUUCUGUAAUAUGCAAAAGAAACAACGCCAAACAUUGAGGAAAAUGGUUAUUGAUAUUGUGCUGUCCACGGACAUGUCCAAGCACAUGAGUCUGCUGGCCGACCUGAAGACAAUGGUGGAAACCAAGAAGGUGGCCGGCUCCGGAGUACUGCUGCUGGACAACUACACCGAUCGCAUACAGGUGCUUGAGAAUCUGGUGCACUGCGCCGAUCUGAGCAAUCCCACCAAGCCGCUGCCGCUUUACAAGCGCUGGGUAGCCCUGCUCAUGGAGGAGUUCUUCCUGCAGGGCGACAAGGAGCGCGAGUCGGGCAUGGACAUCAGUCCCAUGUGCGAUCGCCACAAUGCCACCAUCGAGAAGUCGCAGGUGGGCUUCAUCGACUACAUCGUCCACCCACUAUGGGAGACCUGGGCGGACCUGGUGCACCCGGAUGCCCAGGAUAUACUCGACACGCUUGAAGAGAACAGAGACUACUACCAGAGCAUGAUACCGCCUUCGCCGCCGCCAUCGGGCGUCGAUGAGAAUCCGCAGGAGGACAGGAUACGCUUUCAAGUAACCCUUGAGGAAUCCGACCAGGAGAACCUCGCCGAGCUGGAGGAGGGCGACGAGAGUGGUGGCGAGAGCACCACCACGGGCACCACCGGAACCACCGCCGCCUCCGCGCUAAGCGGGGCUGGGGGCGGUGGCGGCGCAGGCGGGGGAGUGGCACCAAGAACGGGUGGCUGCCAAAACCAACCGCAACACGGUGGAAUGUGACGGAGAGUCGUGGGAAUUUAUCGCAAAUUACAGGAAAAGGCUCACAACUUUUUCCUAUUACGUUAGUGACUACUAUUAACACAGAAAACCAAACAAAAACCUAAAACGAAAAACAAAAAAAAAAACAAAGAAAAACUCUUGGAAAAAAUGCAAAAAAAAAUACAAAAAAAAACCAAAAACCCAAGUAAGGAAAUAUUAAACCAAUGUUUAAACGCAUACAAAAAUCCAAACAGCAAUAGCAAAACUACCGUUAAACCUAUAAAGUCUAGAGAAAAUCGAAAAAGGAAAUUAGAAAUUUACUUAAUGGAACCCGAGAUUGAUGUUGAAAAUACACGGAAAAGGAGGAGGAGGCAGAGCUAACUAAGAUAAAAUCGUACAUAUUGUUAAAAAAAAACAAACAUAGACACACUAAAUUCAAGACAAAGCAAAGAUAAUGAGAAAAAAUUGAUAAGUUAUAAUAAGACGAUACCGAAACUCCCGCCCCAAGCCCAAAGAAUCCCCGUUCCCCUGCCCUUUAUAUAUAUACAAUUUUUGUUGCAUGUGUAGGUAAAUGAUUUUUGUCAAAUUCAUCUGAAGUAGUACAUCCAUCAGAGGAAGCCCCUAAGCUGAGUCUCCUCUUUUAAUCCCUUGACUAAAGUGAAAUAUUUAAAACAGAGAAUCAGGCGAACGAAAAGGAAUAAUUAAUAUGACCUAGCUUAAGAGAAGUUAUUAAGUUUUUAAUGUUUUGCAUGCCCAAACAGAUUUAUUUUACUUGAUUGAUAACGCUAGAUCUAACCGAUAAACGAUAACAGCAACACAUGGAGUUUUUUUUAUAAUUUAGACCACAGCGACAGAAGCGAAAGAAAAUCAACCAUGUAAAGUGUAAGAACCCAGUGAAUUAAACCAAAAUUGAAAGCCAACCGAGUUGAAACCAAUUUAAUUCUAAAUCUAAAUCUAAAUCUAAAUCCAAAUCCACAACCCAAAACCCCAAGCAACAAAGAAGAAAGAAAGAAAGAAAGAAAGAAAAGAAAGGAACAGUCUACAGCCAGACUGUAGUUGUAUAGUAAUAUAUAUGAUAUAAAUAUUUUUUUUAAUAUUAUUUGUAAAUAAUUUAAAUGUUGGACUCGAAUUUAAAUCAAGCGGCUAGCAAAUGUUGCAUUGCAGCUAAACUAAAAGGAAAACAAAGCCAAAAACACACAUAAAUAGGGAGCUAAGUGGAAAAUGUGGAAAAGGAAAAGGAAAAACUAUUGUACAAUUAGCUAAAGAAUUUCCAUUUCAAUUUUCAAUUUGAAUUGCAAUUUGAUUUGCUUCCAGAAAAGAAUGAAAGGAGACAAGAGAACGUAGGGAGAUAAACCGAAAAUUAGUUUCAAACGCUGUCUUCGCAAAUAUUUUUCGCUAUAUAUUACUUAUACCAUUAUUUUACUAGUUACUAAGCUACUUACUGAGCCACACAAAUUUAAAACGAAAGAGACAAGACACCAGGACAAGAAAGAGACGGAGCUUUCAUGAAUUUAGUGAACACACACAAUUUACAAAGCGAACACCACCAAAAAAAAAGACUCUUCAAGCACAAAAGCAGUUUAGUUUUCCAACUGUAAAACCAAAGCAAAGCAAAACAACAACACAAAAGAUAUAAUCCCAAAAAGUCAUUGGCUAUAAUAUGAUUACUUAACCUAACCUAUACAAUAUAUAGAUAUAUCCUAUAUGCAUAUGUAAAGUCACGAUACUGGCGCUGGUGCGCGGAUCGAUCAAUGUGGCAGGCCAAAUUCUAAACGCGCAUAAUUUAACUAUUGUUUACAUUAUGUUUUAUUGUUAUUAAUUUAUUACCCAAAAACAUUAUUUUUUCAGACCUAGUGCUAUAAAUUUCUUUUUUGUGUUGAAGCGGGCAGGAUCCGCGCAUAAAAUAGUGUUUUUUUUUUAAUUACAAAUAUAUAUAAAUAUAUAUAUAUAUAUAAUAUGAUAUGUGAAUGAAA